UGAAGCGGUACAUUCAUGAUCUACGCUUAAUUUAAAAAUAGUUGCUCUUUUGGUGCUUUGACCAUGGAGCUCAGUGAGGACUCGCCUGUUACAUCAAACAAAAGGGUCCCAAACAAAAUCCUUCUCCUGGCUACGUUUGCCGCUUCCAUCGGUGGGACCUUCCAGUACGGCUACAACGUCUCCGUCAUCAGCGCACCCACCGAGUAUGUGGAAAGUUUCAUCAACCAAACAUGGACGGAGCGGUACCAAAUCGACAUCUCACCCAAUGUUCUCACGUUAAUGUGGUCCACUAUUGUGUCCGUAUUUACCCUUGGAGGACUCAUUGGGGCUUCCGUUGGAGGAACACUGGCCAUAAAGUUGGGAAGGAAAGGGUCGUUGUUAGUCAAUAAUUUGCUCGCCAUAGCGGCUGCCUUGCUGAUGGGUUUGAGUCACCCGACCGGAACAUUUGAACUCCUCAUCGUCGGACGUCUUCUCAUUGGAUUAAAUUCUGGUAUCGGUCUUUGCGUCCAACCUUUGUACUUGGUGGAAAUUGCUCCAACAUCCGUCCGCGGCCUGAUGGGAAUGGGAACGUCUUUUUUUCUGACUGUUGGGAUCUUCAUCGGACAAGUGAUGGGCCUCAAAGAGCUGCUGGGUAAAGAAGAGUACUGGCCCGUUCUGCUCAGCACCACGUGCAUCCCGGCGCUCAUCCAGCUCCUGAUGCUGCCCUGGUUCCCGGAGAGUCCCCGUUUCCUGCUCAUCGACAGAGGAGAUUAUGAGGGGUGCAAAAAAGCGCUCAGGCAGCUCCACGGGGCGGCCGAUUGUGAUCGUGAAAUGGAGGACAUGGUGAAGGAGAAGAACAACCAGGACCAGGAAAGCUUCAAGGCUAAGACGCCGUGGGAGGUGAUCGCCGACCGCAGCGUACGCUGGCAGCUUCUCACCAUCGUGCUCCUGAAUUCUGCUCAGCAGCUGAACGGAAUCAACGCGAUUUACUUCUAUGCAGGUUACGUCUUUACGCAAGCGGGAAUUCCCAGCGAGAGGAUACCAUAUGCAGCAGUCGGCACCGGUGCCUGUGAAUGCAUCACUGCUUUGACCUGUGGUUUGCUCAUCGAGCAUCUGGGACGGAAAGUGCUCAUUACCGGAGGCUACACGCUCAUGAGCGUCUGCUGCAUUUUGUUCACUCUGACCAUGACCUUUCAGAACGUCAGUCCAGUUUUUCCCUACCUCAGCAUGGUGUGCGUGUUUGCCUUUAUUCUGAGUUUUGGAUUAGGCCCAGGUGGCGUGACUAAUAUCUUGACAAUGGAACUGUUCACGCAAAACGCACGUCCUGCGGCCUACAUGAUCGCCGGCUCCAUAAACUGGAUUAGCUUCUUCUUUAUUAGCAUGGUGUUCCCUUUUAUUGUGAUCGGACUGAACCAGUACUGUUUCCUGGUUUUUAUGUCCAUCUGCACCCUGGUAGCACUUUACAUAUUCUUCGUCAUUCCUGAAACCAAGAACAAGACCUUUCUGGAAAUCCAGAAUGAGUUUAAAAGGGGGAAAGAAAAAAAGAAGGGCCAAACCACUGAUGGCUCCGGUAUGACGCUGUUGGCAACUUCCAUGUAAUUUUUAUGUACUGUACCUCAUUACCCUCAAGUGAAGAACCUUUUUUUUUUU